AUGGAGUUUGCGGUGGAGGAAAUCAAUCGUAACAGCACCCUGCUACCAGGAGUGAAGCUGGGCUACCGUAUACUUGAUAGCUGUUCCCAUUCCCACUGGGCUCUGCAAGCUGCACUGUCACUGAUCAGUGGAGACGCACACAGCUGCAAUUUAACAGCCUCUACGUCUCGUGGUCAGCCUGUUUCUUUGCUCAUUGGUGCCGCCUCGUCAACAACAACCCUAAUUCUGUCCAGGAUCCUGGGGCCUCUCUCUGUGCCUCUUAUCAGCUACUUGGCAAGCUGCCCCUGUCUUAGUGACAGGCUUAAGUUUCCCAACGUCUUCAGAACAAUCCCCAGUGAUUUAUACCAAGCCCGGGCCAUGGCACGACUGGCCAUACGCUUCCACUGGACUUGGAUGGGAGCAGUGGUUGUAAACAAUGAUUAUGGUCAUUUGGCGAUACAGACAUUUCAGAAAGAGACUGAGGGGAAAGGGGUGUGUUUGGAUUUCAUUGAAACUGUCCGCAGAGAAACUAUUGUGAGUGAUGCCAGACGUGCAGCCCUCACAAUUCAAGCUUCGACUGCGAGGGUGAUUCUGAUCUUCUGCUGGUAUACAGAUGUAAAGAAAGUAUUUCUGGAACUGGCCAAGUUAAAUGUGACUGACAGACAGUUUCUGGCCAGUGAGGCUUGGAGCACCAGUGAUGAUCUUCUCCGAGAUCUUGCCAUCUCUAAAGUGGCAAGAGGUGUUCUCGGUGUGGCCAUUCGAAGUUCAUUAAUACCCGGAUUUGAAAAUUAUCUCAGAAGUUUGCACCCAAAUCGUCGUCCUGACGAUGAAUUCUUACAAGAAUUCUGGGAAAAGAAGUUUGGAUGCAGACCUGGAGCUACACAAUCGCAUGCAUCCAGUCAGAAAGCUUCACUACCACCCUGCAGUGGGACAGAGUCCCUGGAGGGAGUGCAGAAUCACUUCACUGAUACCUCUCAGCUCAGGGUGGCAUAUAAUGUCUACCUUGCUGUAUAUGCUGCAGCCCACGCCCUCCACAGCCUGCUCUCCUGCCCUGACAGAGACAGCUCACCUGGAAACAACAGCUCCACCUGCUCUUCUCCAAAACACAUCAAACCCAUAGAGCUGUUGCAGCACUUGAACAAAGUGAACGUCACCACACCACAAGGGGAAAGGUUUUAUUUCCAAGGUGCUGACAUUCCAGCAAAGUACGACCUUGUCAACUGGCAGAACACCCCUGAGGGGUCACUGAAACUUGUUUUGAUUGGUCGUGUUGACGGGUUUGACCUCCACCUUAACCAGUCAGCUAUUCAGUGGAACACAGGAUCCAAUCAGGUGCCUGUUUCAGUGUGCAGUGAGCGUUGCCCCCCAGGUACCCGACUGGCUAACAGGAAAGGAGAACCUCUCUGCUGCUUUGACUGUAUCCCAUGUGCUGAGGGAGAGAUUAGCAAUAAAACUGGUUCCCUUCACUGUGAGCGUUGUCCAUCUGAGUUUUGGUCCAAUGUAGAACGAACUGCUUGCAUUCCUCGCCAGCUGGACUUCCUUUCCUUUGAUGAAACCUUGGGCAUUACCCUGACUACUGUAGCUGUGUCUGGUGUCGCUGUGACAACAGCUGUGUUUGUAGUUUUUAUUUACUACCGUCAAACACCUAUGGUGCGAGCCACCAAUUCAGAACUGAGCUUCCUGCUUCUCCUGUCGCUGAAGCUCUGCUUCCUGUGCUCUCUGGUGUUCAUUGGUCGUCCAUCAGUCUGGUCUUGUCGGUUCCAGCAGGCAGCAUUUGGGAUCAGCUUUGUACUUUGUGUUUCCUGCCUCCUGGUCAAAACCCUAGUGGUUCUUGCUGUUUUCCGCUCAGCUCGGCCUGGUGCUGGAGCCUUGAUCAAGUGGUUUGGUCCAGGCCAACAAAGAGGAAGUGUCUGCCUCUUUACAUCUAUACAGAUUAUCAUCUGUGCCACAUGGCUGUCUCUCAGUCCCCCUGUGCCUAAACGUAAUCUGGGUUUCCAAGGGUCAAAGGUCACCCUGGAGUGUGCCAUGGCUUCUGUGGUGGGCUUCUCUCUGGUCUUGGGCUACAUCGGUCUGCUGGCCUGCACCUGUCUCCUUUUGGCCUUUCUUGCUCGGAAACUCCCCGACAACUUCAAUGAGGCCAAACUGAUCACCUUCAGCAUGCUGAUCUUCUGUGCUGUCUGGAUAGCUUUUGUUCCUGCUUACGUUAGCUCUCCUGGGAAAUAUGUUGUCGCUGUGGAGAUUUUUGCAAUCCUGGCUUCUAGCUUUGGUUUACUGCUCUGUAUUUUUGCCCCCAAAUGUUUCAUCAUUCUUUUGAGGCCAGAAAAAAACACUAAGAAACACCUGAUGGCAAGAUAAUUUAUGGACAUUUAUUUAAAAAUUCUGGUACAGGAUAUAAAUCAUCCACACCAAACACUGCAGCUACAACAAGAAAACAAGAAAACAAAUAAUACCAUAGCAUACAUGUUUAACAUAAAACUAUGUGUCAUAGAUAACAUAGAUACAUUUACAAUGUCAUUUUAGUUAAUCAAAUAUGACCAAUAUUCACAGUCAUUGUUUUGUUCCUCUUAGAUUUCCUUCAAUUUGCAUGCAUUUAUUAUAUUCAUUCAGUAUUGUAUCAUGGAGAUAAAAAAGUUAGGUUUUGUUUUCCCUGAGAGAAACACUAAGAAACACUUGAUAGUAAGGUAGUUUUUCU